CUGACACACUUUUCGGAAGUUGACAAUUUCUUUCAAGAGCUUUCAAGGUUUGUGGUAUUCACGAAGAUGGAAAACCAAAGCAAUGUGGUUGUACUGACCCUACCUCAGGUGAUAGAUGUUGCCCUUACAGGUCCAGAGUUGGGAUUGGUUAGUUAUCGACUUCUUAAUAAUAUUCUGCAAGUUAUGUGUCAGCAGCUGAAUUUGGAAGAAGUGAAAAUGCAAUAUCAAGGCAUGCAAGCCAUUCAGAUAGAUAAAAUUUGGAACCCUGACAUGAAAAGUAAAUUGCCUCAAGUUACACCAGUUAAAAGAACGAAAUUGGUCAGCGCUGAUGAAAACGAACAAGAAAAAAUAGUGGUUAUACCAGAUGGUCCAUCAGAAAGAUUCCCCGCUAUGACACUUGCCAUUUCUACAAGCCAGUUGCAAACUAUGGAGAGGAAUAUAAGAAGUUUGCAAAAAGAAGUUUCUGAUCUUAGAGCUCUACCUUCCAAUAACGAAUUGUUCAAAGCUGUGAAAGCAAAAGCAGGAGAACCUACUCCAAUUCUAGACAUGUACCAGAUAUUGACGGUGACGAAGAGAAUGGAAGCCACAGAACAGGCCGUCAUCAAGAUCUCGAGUUUUGUGGAGGAUCUCGCCAAAUAUGUCCAGAGCGAAGCUUUCGAAGGACUUGGUGACGAUUUCGAAACUAUGGUAGAUAGGCCACAAAGGAGGGGCAGCUCAUUGUUCACCGACAAGAAGACUUCGAAGAUGAGGGUUGGAUCAGGAGUGGCGGCUGAAGCCUCUAUGCAUGAUGCCACAAAAACUGCUUCAACAGCUAAAGUGCCGAAGAACUUGGACAUAGGCGCCUUAUCAACUUCUGCGACACAAAUGAAAACUGACCACCCAGUCGUGGUGAUACAUGAAGAUAUUGGAGAAGAAGGUUUCACGGAAAAAAGAAUUAAAGAUCGAACAGACAAAGAUAAUCAAGUGGAUUCUGCACAAAGUAGUGCAGCUGCAAGUCAGGUUAUAUCACUGCCAGAGUCGAAGCUUACUAACAUCAGCGUGAGUGGCUUGUCACCAGCUCAGAUAUUGUCCCUGAUUCAAGAGGACUUGAUGAAUUUGAGGACCACGGUCGACGCUCUACAAAAAAGGAUGUCAACAGGUGGUUCUACUCGACGUGAAGUGAUUGGAGGCGUACCUGUUGUCCCGUCUAUACAGACACCAGGUGAGGGAGAAAGCAAGCCAGGCGAUAAUCGGUUAAGUCAAGUUGAGUUGAAGCUCAACCAGUGUAUUGGUCAAUUGAAUAAAAUGGACUCGAUAUUCAGCAGCUCGUAUAGCGCACUUACUCAUCGUAUGGCGGACAUGGAGAGCUCUUUGAAGGUGUUGUCUAAUAAGGUUUUACAGGAUGUUGGUACGGCGGAUGUUGAAGAACAAAUGACCCAAAAUAUAUUUACGAUCAAUGGGAAAGUACUUGCUCUGGAAAGUGUCGUUACGAAAAUGUCGGAUGCUGUUAAUGUACUGAUCGAAGAGAACAGUUCCAAAAAAACUAAUAUUAUGAAUCUUGCGGAGGACGUAGAUUGUCUGAAAGCCGAUAAGGUUGGACGAGACGAAUUUACAGAGGCUCUAUCUGAGAAAGUCGAUAUUUGUAUGAUAAACAGGAAGGUUUCGCACGAUCAGUUCAAUGCAACAUGCGACGAUCUAUCUAAAGGAAUAGAAGAGGCUCUUGAGAAGCUCAUGGAACAGGAAGAACUGUGGCACAUUGCACUGAAAGAAAUACAAGGAGAAAUUAGUGAAAAACUUGGCAGAGAUGAUUUGUCACCAUUGAAAGAAUUCAUCACAGAUAAACUGAAAAGCUUACAGAAUAAAGUGAAGACUUUGGCCAAGAUGAAACAUGAUCAAGAAGCAGCGGCAACAAAGAGCAAAUUUCUCAAGGGUGUACAAUGCAUUUCUUGCGAUCAAGACGUCAUCAUGAGGAAGAAAGUCGAUGAAAGUAUAAACUAUCCUGGAGCACCGAUACUGGCACCGCAUAAGAAUAUUGCACCAUAUUUGGCAUAUGAGUUAGAUCAAUUGAGACGUCAGCAACGGCAAAUGGAUUAUGGCCGGAAUCUGCAUCAUUUUGAGUCAGCAACCAAAGAUGGAAAAGGGGUUGUUAAUCGAUACUGUGGUGGUUCACAUACAAUCACAACGCCUCAACAGAGGGUUACCAGACUAGGAAACUUUGCAGAGCAAUGGGGCCCCAAAUCUUUACAAGUGGAAAGGGAGACUUUUCAAUGCCAGUCCAGUAGGAGUGAAAGAAAAAAUAGUUUAACUAUAACGAAAUCAGGAGAUUCUAUAAAUGCGAAGAAUAAUAUAAAAUUUGAUAUGGCUGAGAAAGAUGAAGGGGUUAAGGUACCUAGCAGAUCGAACAGUGAGAGCAAAAUAAAGAGCUGAAUAUCAGAAGCCUUGAAAUCGAAGGAGUUUUAUUCAUUUUUAUCAUAUAUUUUAUAUCUGUAGCAUAUAAGUGUACUUUUUCAUCAUUAUUUGUACUUGUAAUAAAUGUUAUUCUUUAA